AUGCGUUUUCCGGAUCUGUGGAUUGCUUGGAUUCAUGCUUGCAUUUCUUCUGCCUCUUUCUCCUUCCUCAUCAAUGGACAUAGUUCCCCUUGGAUUACUAGUAGUAGAGGAUUAAGGCAGGGAGAUCCUAUCUCCCCCCUUCUUUUUCUCCUAGUUACCCAAAAUCUCUCGGCUAUUCUCAAUAGAGCUCUUUCUCUCUCUCUUGUUCCGGGCUUUUGCCCCUCUCUCUCCCGUGACUUCAAUCACUUAAUGUUCGCUAAUGAUCUUCUUCUGGUCACUAGAGCUUCCCGUAAAACUGCUAGAAACUGUCUUUUGUGCCUCGAUCUCUAUCACUCUAUUACUGGCCAACGUCCAAAUCCACUCAAAUCUGCUGUCUAUUUCCCCUCCUGGUGUAAUAAGAAGUUGUCAAACUCUAUCUCUGGCAUUCUUAGCUUCAAGCAAGGAUCCUUUCCUCUUACAUAUCUGGGUAUUCCUAUAUCUCCCACCAGAAUUUUAAUUCCUCAUCUUAACCCUCUCAUCGCUAAAGUUCAUAACAGUUUUUCUUCCUGGACUCAUGCUUCUCUCUUCACCGCGGGUAGAGUCAUCCUCCUUAAUAGCUCCAUUUUUUCUCUUCCCAAUUAUUUCCUUUCGGUCAUGUAUCUCCCUGAUUCUAUUCUUGAUAAUUUUUCCAAGCUUGCCAGAUCCUUUCUCUGGAGUUAUGGUAGCAAUGAGCGUAAACUCCACACUAUUGGUUGGUCGGUUACUACACUUAAAAAGUCUGAGGGGGGUCUUGGACUCAGAAACCUUAGAUUGGUUAGGCACUCUUUAAUGGCCAAAAACAUCUUCUCCAUUUUAAAUUCUGAGGAUAAGAUCUGGUAUCUCAAACCUCACUUUUGGAUGCUUGUUGCUAACCCUGCUGGUUUAGACAUCUGGAAAGACCCUUGUUUCAUGGAUCUCCCCAUUUUGUUUAAACCUACAUAUAUUAAUAUGGAUUCUGAUCUGAAGGGCUUGAGCUUUACUGAUUUUAUGCUGCAUGGUAAUCUUAAUCUCCCCCUGGUUCAGAACACCUUUGGCCCUAACCUUGAUUGGUCCUGGAUCAACAGUAUCAGGUUUGAUUUUAAUGCCCAAAAUCUUUGGGUUUGGGGUCCUCGUUCGCUGAGAACUUCUGUUGCUUCAGCAGUUUAUGACUACUUGGUUACCCUUGACCCUCAACCUUGGCCUGCUCAUGGUAAACUCCCCUCUGGUGAUUACCUGUAUGGUCUUAAUAUUGGUCCCUUUACCCUUUGUCAUUUUACGUGGGUGGCUCCUGAAUCUGCAUCUCACACCAUUUGGAACUGCCCUAAAAUUAUGCCUUGUUGGAUUUCUCUGUGUGCUUCAUUUAACUUGGAUCCAAAUGUUUUAGCUGAGUUUGAUACUGGUAUUUGGCUUACUAAUAGAUUUGUUUCUAAGAACUCUGAUGCUUUUUUCAAAGCGCUUAUUGCAAAUUUAGCCUGGAUCAUUUGGAAGGAUCGGUGUAAUUUAAUCUUCAAAGGUUGGCAACCCAAAUACCAUUCCAUCUUUGGAAGGGCUUGGUCCUACUGCACAAACUUCUUCAAUUCUAUUGCCAAAAACAUCAGGGAGUACUCUAUUCCUUCUUGCCCUUUGAAAAAUAUUAGUCUCUUUACUGAUGCUUCUUGGUCUGAUUCUUCUCCUAUGAGCUGUGGAUUAGGUUUUAUUGCCAUCUCAAAUGCUGGUCAAGUAUUGCUUGCUGGUGCAAUGGGCUGCAGCUCUGUCUCUCCCAUUUCAGCGGAGAUUGCAUCCAUUCUCUUUGCUCUUGACCAGUGUAUUGUCCGUCUGAUCAACCACUUCGAUAGCUGCGUGGCGUGGCACUACAAGCGUGAAAUUGACAGCCUCAAAUCCAGGAUUAUCAACACUUGUUCCGUUAUCAAGACCAUUCCCCAGACUGAAAAUCUACUCGCUGAUGCUUUGGCUCACUUUGGAUGUUCAAACCCUCAUCUCUCCCUGUUCCCUCAGGGAUUAGACCGCCCCAGAUGGCUUGAGGAUCUUUGCCUAAGCCUAAAUCUCUUCUUCUAA